AUGAUCACUUGUAUCGACAACAUGAUCACCAUUCAGGUCCAAGAGCCGAAGAAUAUUCCGGAACUGCGUGUGAUGAUGUUCCGGCUGACCUCGCGAAACCCUGCGAAGACUCCGCAUACAUUCCUCAACCACUGGAGCAUCACUCACACGGCCAGUGGUGCAAUCAUGAGCACGGAGGCCAUCAAAAGCUGGGACGUUGUUCCACAGCUUGCCAACGUGAGGGUCAUGUUGGUAGGGGAGCAGAAGGCAGAAAAUUCGGUGUCCACGAUGGCCGUCUCGUACAGACCUGUCUCCGAUGCAGACGAGCUCAGCCUUGAGGCGCUGGAGCCAACCGGCUUUGACUUCACUGGUGCUUCGGCCAUCUCGCUGGGCCACGAGGUCAUUGCAACUGACGCCGAGACGAUCCGAAUCCGGGCAUCUACUUAUGCGGAGGUCAACGUGGACAUCGUCAUUGCGAAUUUCCGGCUGGGUCUGAACGGGGGCCCGACGCUCUUCAACCUCAUUACGAGACUCAAUAACGGGGCUCAGAUGGAUGAGGCGCUCAACUUUCGUUCUGGCUUCCGACUGCCGGGCAGAGUUGCUGUUACAGGGAAGCAGAUCAGCAGUGAGUACAAGCUGAUGCCAGAACUGUAUCCCGUGCCAUCUCUUUGGGAGGUCCGUAUGGGGGAGUUUGCGGUUGUCGAGCUGCCCUUCACUGUUACCAUCAACUCGGCGGUCGGCAACUUGAUGCGCUUGAGAGCUCCCCCAUACGACCUGCAGGCCCAGGACUUCAACAUCAUUCAGAGCGGAACGGCUGAGACCGUGACCUCCGAGGUCACGAGCACAUCUUCCGGCGAGAUGGUGGUUCGUCUCGGGACGCAGCUCUUCAGAGGAGUUCUCUACGAGGCCUCGGUGAGAGCUCUCACUCCGAGAGUCCCGAACCCCACAGAUGCCAUGUGGAGCAUCGAGAUUCUGGAUGGCAGCCAGCUGCCCUUGAACACCAACGACGGGCUCACCGAGGGCUUCCGUCUCGUGGAGCGGGCAGAGCUGACAGUGCGGGCCACGCGUUCACCUCCAAUGGCCGCAAUUGAUGUUAACUUGGUGGUGGACCCGAAGUCUUCCCAGCCGGACGAGCUGAUCCUGGUCGCACCUCUUGGCUUCAACUUCACGCCGAACUGCCUUGUAACGAGCUCUUUCAAUCGCGUCACUUCCUGCCAGUUGCACGGUAACGUGGCCGGACGAGCUUCCGCUCGCCUCACUGUUGCACGCCUAACAUCCGUGCUCGAGCAGGUUGUGAUCAAGGUGACAACACCGGCGCAGAAUCCCCCCAGCACCAGCUGGUUUAUCAACGCCCGGGAUAUGGCCAGUGACCUGCAGCUCGCGUGGGGAGAGGAUCCCUCCGGGGUUCUCAUUCGGCAAAUGUUGGGUGCGCAUGUCCUGUAUCCCGGCAUUCCACAAAUUCCUGGCCAGAUGGCUUUCAGUUUUAUUACGAAUGAAAAAAUCGAGUCGGGUGGAGCCAUUCGUGUUGGCUAUCCGACGGACAUCGAGGUCCUGUGCAAUGGCCUGUACUUGAGCCAGGUGGCGAUUACUGGUGAGGUGACCUGCAUGAACUUCAUCCAGGAGGGCUACUUCGAGCUGCGGCUGGACAGACCGCUUCCCCCUGGCCAGCAAGCUUUUACGGUCACUAGCACCUGCCCAGCGGCUGUGAAUGACAAUGUGUUCUACAUCAUCAUUCUUACGCCAACUGGUCAGGUGUCAGACGCAGCAAUGAGUAUUCCUGGCCUACGGAUCCAACACGGCCUGCCAAUUUCAGCAAUGCCUCUAAUCUGGGGCAUGGCAGAGCCGAACAGGAAUACGUUCGUCAGCACCGGCAUUGAGCUGCUCGCAGAACUGCCGCUCAAGGAUCCACCCAUCAUGAGCGAGAUCAUCAUUGAGAUGCCUCCGGACUUUUCCCACCAGGUCCAGAAGACAGCGCAGCUGGAGACCUUGACGGAACCACUUCCACGAAGAGAAGGCGGCUGGUUAGACGUCACAGAUCCACGAAGGCUGAGGCUGCUAAUGGAUGAGGAAGCCAUACAAAAGCUGGCCAUCGGCUCGUACAGGUUCCAGUGGCCCAUCAUGGUGCCCGCCGUGAUGCCAAAGUAUAAUAUCUGGGAGCUGACCGUCUGCAGUCCAGCCAUUCGGAAUGAGUCCUGCACGGGUUCCGAUGAUCCGCGUGCCUUGGUCAGCUUCCCUUUGGCAGGCUUUGGAAUGGGUGAGUCUCAUCCUUCGUCGAUCGCCUUUACUCAAACUGGUGACGCAUCGCCGGUGCGGGCCAACUGGUCGGUGCUUGCACUACUUGCAGCUGUCGCCUGGAGACAUGUACGGGAAGCCUGA